CAACCCAAGUGUUUUUGCUUCGUAUGAAUUUUGUGUGUGAGACGAGACCCAUUUUUUCGUAAUUAUUAUUUAUUAAUUUGUUACACCUGGUGCAGUGUUCAUUUCGAUAGCCUUAAACCAAAGAAAGGUCUCAAACUGGCGGAGAAAAAAGUGCAGAUGGCAUUAUGCCAAACAUCAGUGCUUAAAGUCUAUCAUGCCGUUAUUGAGGAUGUCAUUUCCAAUGUGCGAGAUGCCUUUCUGGACGAGGGAGUGGACGAGCAAGUGCUGCAGGAGAUGAAACAGAUCUGGCGCAACAAGCUACUGGCAAGUAAGGCGGUCGAAUUGAAUCCAGAGCCGGGAGAGCCGGGCCAUCAUCCACCGCCCAUUGUGGCCAACAAUCCAAAGGUAAGCAAGAGCUCCAAGGCUGCAAAUGCCAAAGCCAAAAAGGCAGCAGCUGCUGCGGCUGCCUCACAACAGCAAAACAGCAGUGCCACAGCUGGUGGCAUCAACACAAAUACAGACAGCAAUAAGUUGGCUCCACCUUUGGCUGGCGGUAAGUCGCCGGCUAUUCCAGCGGCUGGCGGUAGCAUUAAGAAUGGUAUAAGUGCCAGUAAAUCGGAGGUAACAUCACAGAAUCCGCCACCGCUGCAUCCCACAUCGGGUGCCACAAUGUUGCAAAAGCAACAGGCUGCCGCUGGAGGUGGCAAUGCGGCGUCCGGUGGUCAGGCACCUAUUCCACUUGUGGCUCAACUGGAUCCCAAUCGCAUAAUGCCUGUAAAUAUUACGCUACCUUCGCCACCUGGGUCAACAAGCUCGGAAUCUCGUGUGCUCACUAUACAGGUGCCGGCAUCGGCGCUGCAAGAGAAUCAACUGACCCAGAUACUAACAGCUCAUUUGAUUUCAUCCAUCAUGUCGUUGCCCACCCCGUUAGCCUCAUCCGUGCUGCAGCAGCAUGUAAAUGCUGCACUCAACAAUGUCAAUCAUCAGAAAAAUAUUGCCAUUGCCAAGCAAUUAGAUGGCGCCUUAGAUUCAUCUGAAGAGGAUGAGAGCGAAGAAAGUGAUGAUAACAUGGAUAACGAUGACGAUGAUGACUUGGACAAAGAUGAUGACGAUGAUGCGGAGCAUGAAGAUGCUGCCGAGGAGGAGCCACUCAACAGCGAGGACGAUGUCACUGAUGAGGACUCUGCUGAAGUGUUUGACACUGAUAACGUCAUUGUUUGCCAGUAUGAUAAAAUCACACGUUCACGCAACAAAUGGAAAUUCUAUCUCAAGGAUGGCAUUAUGAAUAUGCGCGGCAAGGAUUAUGUAUUUCAGAAAUCCAACGGUGAUGCUGAAUGGUAACCGAUGAAACACCAACAACGAGCAAUGAGUGUGAAGAAAUGCAUCCAUCUAACAAAAACCAACAAAAAGACAAGACAAACGAAAUGCCUCACAGUGCGCCUUCAACAACACGUUACUAGCACCCUAAUAUACCAUACACUACGCGACCAAAAUGAUGUCCUACAACGGCAGCUGAACAUAAUGUUUGCCCAAGUUCACUGUUGGGCAUAUAUGAAACCGUAUCUAACUUUAGUGUCAACUACUUGUACAGAGUCAUGUUGAGUUGUGUUUCAAUCAAACAAUUGUAAUCGUAACGUAUGUAUUAAUUACACUGCUGCAUAUUAUUGUCAAUAAACUGCAAAUUUUGUAAAGAAAA